AUGUGGGACAAAAGUUACUUUGAUGUGAUAGGAGGAAAAUUUGCUGAUAUCGUGAUGUGGAGAGACAAACGGUCAUCGGCGGCAGUGCUCAUUGGCGGAACCUUGGCAUGGUUUUUGUUCGAGGUAUUGGAGUACAAUCUGCUUACACUUUUGUGCCACGUGUCAAUUAUGGCCAUGCUUGUGGUCUUCCUAUGGUCUAAUGCCGCAGCUCUAAUGAACUGGACUCCUCCAAAGAUUCCGGACGUCAUAUUAUCAGAGAGAGCUUUCAAAGAAGUAGCAGUAACAUUUCACCACAAAUUCAAUCAAUUUUCAUCCAUCCUUCAUCAUAUUGCGAGUGGAAAGGACCUUAAACUUUUUCUCAUGGCAAUUGGUUUUCUCUGGAUAAUUUCUGUGAUAGGAAGCUGUUUCAGUGCUCUAAACCUCUUAUACUUUGUUUUUGUGUGCAUUCAAACACUGCCGGCAUUGUACGAGCACUAUGAGUAUGAGGUGGAUCACUUAACAGCAAAGGGAAUGCAAGAGCUCAAGAAAUUAUACAGAAAUUUGGAUUCUAGAAUUCUAAGUAAAAUUCCAAGAGGCCCUGCUGUUGUGAAGGAGAAGCUCUAGACUUGGUCUGUAAAGGAAGACUUCUAAUUAUGAAUAUUAUAUAGCUUGCGUAUAUUGCCAAUGUGUGAUUCUUAACAAAUGCAUAAUAUUACUGAAGAUACAUAUGUUUCAUAAGUACUAUUGAUAUGAAGCAAAGCAUUCUGCGUACAUGUACUAU